GAUCAAGCCCAGCCCAAGAAUCAAAACGAUCUCUUCCCUUCCACUUGCUUGAGUUGGUGCAGUCGCAGCGCAGGGGAAGGUUCGGGUUGGGAAGUUGGCAGGUGUUUAGAUCGGAGCGAGGGUCGGAGAUUGGUACAGUUGUUCUCUGCGCCCGCGAAAAGCUCAGCUACGGGCUACGGCUUCACAAAUCUCAGGUUUACCGGAAGAAGGCGACGAGAUGCGCCAUGGUUGAUCUGUUUCCCGAUUUCUGAAUAGCAUUGAUGUCGGAAGAAAUGGGGAGUAGGGUUCCAGUUCAGCACUAUGACUUGAGAUCGCCUCCUACUGCCAGUUCAUUCAUCGGCAGCUCUCUUCACGACCUCAACACCGUCGAUUCUCGACCGCCGGCUAGUGUAGAAGGCAUAGCCGAAGCCGAUCCCCACCCUUCUUCCUCUGAUACUGGCCUCAACGGCGACCACGACUCUCCUGACCCUGCUGUUGACUGCAUCCAUGAGUCUUACAGAAACUCUUUGCCACUUCAUGGUGUCGGGGUUGAAGAGGACCGCUCUAGCGUCGAGAAUAGUGGGUCUUCAAGGGUUCCAUACAAUUUGAUAAACAUCGAAGAUGUUACACCUAUUGAAUCUGCAAGGGCUAGACUUUUGCAAAUUGUUGUGGAUUACUUCAUUAGCGAUCACUUGAUUGAGGCGACGGAUAAUGGCAGUAGUGAGUAUUCUGGUCAUCCUGGACAAGAUAGUUUGAGCAAAAGGAAGUCUGGAGAUGUUAGAUAUGAAGGGGAUCCGAGGUUUGCUUUGCCCUUGAUGUACGUCGCCAAUUUGUAUGAGACGCUAGUGAAUGAUGUAAAUAUUAGGCUGGCUUCCUUGAAUUCUAUUCGUGAUAAGACCAUUGGGAUAGCUCUUGAAGCAGCCGGUGGUUUGUACAGAAAAUUGGCCAAAAAAUUCCCCAAAAAAGGUUCUUGUAUGUUUAAAAGAAGAGAACUGGCAACUUCUGUGGAGACAAGGACGAGAUUUCCUGAGUUGGUGAUCCAAGAAGAGAAAAGAGUGCGUUUUGUGGUGGUCAAUGGUUUGGACAUCAUUGAGAAGCCGACGAAUCUUCCUAGAGAAGAUGCAGAGUGGUUCAAGAGACUUACUGGUCGGAGUGAAGUUUCUGUAUCUUCUCAAGACUAUAAAUACUACUCUCCAAGGCACAAGUACAGGCGUAUUUUAUCUAAUGUUCCCGGAUUACAGGCCACCCAUGGGACAGAUAGUUCAUCUGCAAUGUCUGCUGAUCAAGGAUUCCGCUCGCCACAUGGACACGAGCAGACUCCUCCGAAGCAUAAUGCACAACCUUUGGCAAACCAGCCACAUUUUCAUCCAGUUCUUCAAGCACAUCAGAGCCAACAUACUCCACACUUCUCUCAAAGCCAUCAAUGUGGACCAGCUCAGAUGUCAGAGAUGCCACAUGCCAACCAUUCGCCUACCAUUUCUCAACACCUGUCGUAUUUACAACCCCUUGCCGGAAGCCAUCUCACAGGGCGUUUGCAUUUAAUGGUGAGAGCUAUUGCGAAGUUCUGCGAUGAAUGUGGUGCUCCUUAUUUGAGAGAAACGUCAAAGUUCUGCUCUGAAUGUGGCACAAAGAGGCUGGGAACAUGAGCCAAUGGCUCUGAACGUGGAAUAGGGAUUUCCUCCGAUGUAAAUUAUUCUAGCGGUCCAGGGUGUUGUAUCAUUCAUUGUCUGGUGUAUUGGUUAGUUUGAUGAAGCGUCAGACAGCAAGGGUUGUGGUCCGUUCGGGCUUUGAUAUUAGGUCGAUGGUUCUCCUCUUCAGCUUUUUAUGCUCUGUACGCAAUUAUUCUGUAAUCUAAAUGGUUGUUUGAAACUUGAGUUCUAAGUUGCUAAGAAGUUAAUUUAUAGGGCAAUGUCUAUUUUUUACCCAAACCUUUUUCAGAUU